AUGGCCAUCUGGGUUGUCAAGCAGGUCCUGUUAUCAAUAGGCAUCAUCUCCACUGUCCUCAUGUUGAAUCCAAAAAUCUCUUACACGUUCAGCCUCUUAUGUUAUGGUAUUCCAAGCUUUUGUGCGUGGUUGAAAAUCUGGUUGUCUCCCCCUUAUGCUUACAUUAUUAUCAAUUUCAUUCUCAUCCUCAUCAUUAUCAUUGCAUCUUCAUUUUCAUCUUCUCCAUCUUCAUCUUCCUCCCUUAUAGAGGAAUUCACUGCACUGGACUACUCCUCCCUUGUAGAGGAAUGCACUGCACUACUGGACUACUCAUCAGUAAAAGAUGUUUUGUUAGAGGUCUCCGGUGAUGAGGAAGCGCCUGUGAAAACCUCCAUGGUGAUGGACGACAGUCGCUGGAACUGCAUUGCCGAAGAGACAGCGGUGAAAUUGGAGAGCAGAGCAGUUGUUCCAUGGCAAAAUGAAAGCCUAGAGGCGACAUGGAAAGCGAUCGUGGAGGAACAUGGGAUUCCAGCCACACGGCACCUCAGGAAGAGCGAGACAUGGGAUGUGCCACCAUCAUGUGGUAAUGGAAGCAGCAGCUUGGCCCCCAGGGAGAGGGAGAUGAGGAAGUCCAGCACUUUUGUGGAAGCAAGGUCAUCGUUCAGGGAGACUCAAAUUCCAAAUCUGAGGAAGGAUGAAUUGCUAAGUCAUGAUGAGUUGAACAGAAAAGUUGAAGAAUUCAUUCAAAAGUGUAGGAAUCAGAUGCGACUGGAGAGAGUUGAAUCAGAUCAACGCCUUAUGGAUAUUCUCAAUGGAGGAGUGUGA